AUGUCGCAAUGCAGAGCCUACGUUGUAACUGUGGACAACAUGCUCCAGAUUGCAGACCAGAUACAGCACAACCACACGGCGGUGCCAUUUAUUAAGCACGUUGAUAUGUUCAAAGCGAAACUCAUGGACCGAGCUAAAAUGGAAACAACGCCAAUUCCUAAGAUUUACGCCGAUGAGAUUUCCAAUCUCAGAAAGAACCACAACAUUGUUCCUGAUGGAUUGUUAGCCGAGAUUCCACAUUUUAGUGCCAUCAAGACGAUACUAUACCGACAGCAACACAAAUCCCUACCCCGACUAUCCCAGACAAGACAGGAUAUCAAUUUAGGAGAGUGGACCUGCACCGAGGGAGGAGAUCCUUUUGUACACCGAGUUGAAGGAGGAGACCUAAUACUGAUCUUCACAACUGACAAGAACUUGGAGUUGUGUGAUGCUGAUGUUGUAUUAUCAGAUGGAACAUUUUCUUCAGCACCCAAACUGUUCAAUCAGUUGUACACCAUACAUGCCGAGUCCCAAGGUCAUAUGUUUCCUCUUGUGUAUUCACUGAUCCCAAACCGCACAGAAGACACAUAUGUACGGACAUUUCAAUACCUUCAAGAGGCUUGCCAUGAUCUGGGUUUCCAUUUAAAUCCGAGGACCUUUCAGAUGGAUUUCGAAAGAUCGGCCCAUAACGCUGUUCAAACUGUAUUUCCCACUACACAACUGAGAGGCUGUUUCUUUCACUACACUCAGUGUAUUUGGCGCCGUACACAAAAGGUAGGCCUGGCAACAGAAUAUUCUGAGAACGAUGAAAUACAAAAAGUAGUAAGACGUGCUUCAACUCUUCCGAUGGUUCCAUUGGAUAAAAUUGAGGAUGUUUGGGCUGACACAAUUGCUGACAGUCCCCAAGGUGCACAGGUGACACAACUGAUGGACUAUGUUACGAACACGUGGAUAGAAGGACCAUUGUCACCAGAAAUGUGGAACCAUUUUGGCAAUGAUAGUCACCGUACCAAUAACCACUUGGAAGGAUGGUAUCAUAAAAUAAACAAAAUUGUCCAGAAGGGUCAUCUGAACAUUUUUGAGGUGGUAGGGCUUCUAAAACGUGAGCAGUCUGUAAUGGAAGUAAAAAUGCACCAACUGGAUGGUCACUGGCGAGCUCCGGCAUGA